AACGUUAAAUAUGUCUCACAAUAAUCUCUUUGGAGCAAUUCCUAAUAAAUCAUUUAAGCUUCGUAACAGACCGUCUAUAAUUCUGAAUUCAAAUCAAUUUGAAGCAAAAGUUCAGUCUUUUUUGCAAAAAGCUUCGGAGCUGAAGCUCUCCAACAAUAAAUUUUCAGAUUUGUUUUCAUUUUUAUGUGAGGGAAGGCCACUUUGGAUUUACGGUUUAGGGCAUCAAAAUUCAGAAGUGACAGUGUAUCAUGUCUAUCGGUUCAAUAACACUUACUUUGAAGUUUAUGGUACUUUCAGUUUGGGUGAUUAUAUGCUUGACAUAACAUGGUUAUGGAAAGGUGUGGAACGGGGAUUCAAAAAUCCAGAAUUGUUACUUAAGAGCAUUGAUCUCUCGUGUAAUAAUUUAAUUGGGGAAAUACCAAAGGAGAUUGGAUAUUUGGUUGGAUUAGUUUCUUUGAAUUUAUCAAGAAACAAUCUGAGUGGAGAAAUUCCAUAUGAGAUUGGGAAUUUAAGUUCACUGGAUUCCCUUGACUUAUCAAGAAAUCAUUUCACUGGGAGAAUUCCUUCUUCUCUUACUCAAAUUGAUGGUCUAGGCAAACUAGACUUGUCACAAAACUCUCUUUCUACCUUUGAUGCCUUUAGUUUAGAAGGAAAUGUUGAUCUUUGUGGUGAGCAACUUAACAAAAGUUGUCCUGCAGAUGGAGAUCCGACAACAGUGAAGCCUCAAGAACCUGCAGUCCAUGGUGAUGAUUCUGUUUUCUAAGGGAUUAUACAUGAGCUUAGGGCUAG